UCCUCCCAACCCCCAAUAAACACACACCACUUGAUAUGUGGGUAUAAAUGGACAAUCUGCCUCUGUGAGGGUCAGUUUAUGUGUCUGAACCUUUAGAUCUGCUGUCUGUCACAAGUUUUGGUGUGUUAUUGUCAAAAGUGUUGCAUUUCUAAAGCAUUCUGCAAGGAGUUUAUAAGCUUGUGUUUGGCAGCCUCCGAACGUGUUUUAUAUCAGACAGCUAUGAGCGGCAAGUACAGUGUGGCAUUACAGGGCCCGGCGCCCUGGGGCUUCAGACUGCAAGGGGGCAAAGACUUUAACAUGCCCCUCUCCAUUUCAAGGCUGAUAGACGGAGGUAAAGCUGCGAAGGCAGGACUAUCUGUAGGAGAUUUGGUGUUGUCCAUCGAUGGCGUCUCUACUGACAACAUGAAUCACCUAGAAGCUCAAAACAAGAUCAAAUCCUGCACUGGAAAUCUCAGCCUUAACUUACAGAAAGCAUCCAGCCUUACAAAACCAGAUGUGGCACCAAAGGAUGAUUCUCCGGAAAUCAUCAAACCUGUUCCCAUGACAACCUCCAUUCCAUGUUCCUCUGACAUCACAAACUCCACCCACAUCACGUCAUCUUCCUAUAAAAGUGCUCAUCUGUUUGGAGGGGCGGGGUCACCGCACAUAGUCUCCAUUCCUUCCGCUGCAUCGGCUUUUGCGUCCGCUUUAUCGGGUCGAAUCCCUAAUCCACCGCCUCUACCCAGUCCCACCGGCUCACCCAAUCAACUACCUGCGGUGCCCCGCCCUUCCGUUUAUAACACGCCCAUCGAUCUCUACUCCGCUGAGAACGCCUGUGAGGUGGCCAUGGGCCAGAGGCGGGGCCUACUGGAGAGUCAGGGUGAGAGCUUACAGCUGAAUGGACUUCCCCGUAAGCACAUCACAGAGACGGACAUCGAGUUUUAUCACAUCCCAACUCACGGUGAUGCCAGCAGGAAGCGCAUCAUGGAGGACACAGAGGACUGGCGCCCUCGAACCGGGACAUCACAGUCACGAUCAUUUCGAAUCCUGGCACAGAUGACUGGCACCGAAUCUGAUUUUGAACAGCCACAGGAGAAUGAGACUACAAAAACAACAAGUGAGGAUUGUGAGGAGCCCAGCGUUCAUGUCACCUCUCCUGUUAAAACCAUGAUCAAAGCCCCAGGAACACCUGUCAAAAACACAGCAGGUUUCAUUACUCCCACUUUUGGUGUUGUGAGCAACAGCACACCUCUGGGUCCCGCCUUGGACCGUCCCAUGCCACGCCCACACCCAGAAGACGAAGCCUCAUUGGUCCAGAUGGCAGAGCACGUCCCAGCUGGCAAACGCACUCCUAUGUGUGCACACUGUAACAUGGUCAUCAGGGGUCCGUUUCUGGUGGCGAUGGGGAAAUCGUGGCACCCGGAGGAGUUUACGUGCGCUCACUGCAGCGUGUCUCUGAGUGAACUGGGUUUCGUUGAGGAGAAAGGCUCGGUUUACUGCCAGCACUGUUACGAAGAGUUCUUCGCCCCGACCUGCGCACGCUGCCAAUACAAAAUCAUGGGGGAAGUGAUUAAUGCCCUGAAGCAGACCUGGCAUGUGUACUGCUUCUUGUGCGCAUCUUGCCAGCAACCAAUAAGGAACAACACUUUUCACCUGGAGGAUGGAGAACCUUACUGCGAGAGAGAUUAUUACAGUCGGUUUGGGACAGGAUGCCGUGGUUGUGACUUCCCAAUAGAAGCAGGAGAUACGUUUCUGGAAGCUCUUGGAUUCACCUGGCAUGAUACUUGCUUUGUGUGCACGGUGUGCAGUGUCAGUCUGGAGGGUCAAAUGUUCUUCUCGAAAAAAGGCAAACCACUCUGCAAGAAACAUGCGCACAGUUUUAAAAUAUAAAUGAACAUUUUUGAAGUAUUAGCCAAUGUAAAAGAAUGCAUAUUUACAAAAAAAUAAUUGACACAUAAUCAUAUUAAAAGUGUGUGAGGGGAAAUAAGAGGUCUGGAUUCAGUUUGAUAUAUGAGAUGAUUGUGUUUUGUGUAAAAUCUGAAGCAUUAUAAAUUGAAAAUACGGACAAUGGAGAAGUUGAUUAUUGAUACCGGUGAUUAAUGUUUGUUUGAAAGUUAAAAGCACUUUUGGGAUGUUAGUUUUUUCUAUUUUUGUCCUUUACCAAACGUUAUUUAUGAAAUGAGAACUAAAA